AUGGUCCAAGAUUUGCACACCUAUUCGGUGGCGGCUGUCGAUUUUCUGAAUAGAAUGGUGAUCGCGCGAGUUCGCGAGUCGGCAUCGAAGGCGUUCAGCACUUCUCCGAAAAUUCGUCGAUUCACUCCGAUCCUCCUUUUCGUCGCUGCCCUUCUCUACAUUUUCUUUGGCGGUUGCGUGUUCUUUUUCUUCGAAAACGAUCGUCAACACGAGGCUUUCCGGCAAUGGUAUCGAAACUCGAACAAUAUCAAAUCUCAUCAAGCAAAGCUGAUGUCAAAGCGGAUCUUCAAUGACACACAAAAUCUGCUCAUCAUCAUCGAUAAAGAUCAAUCGGAGAGAGUCGAGAAAAUCCUUCUCAACCAGCUGAAAUCCUCUUACGAUGGCCGAAUGAACAUUCAUCCGCCAAACAAAACAAGCUGGAAUUUCCUCAACUCGAUCAACUUUGCCUACAGCGCUGUGCUUUCUGUUGGACAGGGCGCAAAAAUUCCGGAAUCUGUGCUCGGACAACUCUUCUUGAUCCCCUAUUUGACCAUCGGGAUCCCGUUGAUUUUCUUCACUCUCGGCUCGAUCGUUCACCAAUUCGUGCUCCCAUUUAUGAAUAGAAGCGAGUUCCCGUUCACUCGCCGUUUCGCAGCGCUCGCUCUGGCCGUUUCGAUCUAUUUCGUUUGGGCAAUUCUCGUCUCAUUUUAUCUCUACUUUGAGGUCUUUGACAACUAUCUCACCUCGUUGAUCACCGCACUUUUCACGAUGACCACUGUUCAGGUGACUCACAGCUCUCUGACCGAAUGUCACACUUUCGUCCUCCUUCUCCUCACGACGAUUUCCCUCUCGAUCGCUCUUCUCAUCGCUUUCCUCACCCUUGCCUGUUAUGGAGAUUACGGAAUUGCCGUGAGCCAGGAAAUCCCCGAGGAGGUGAACGGAGAGUCGACUUCGGCGAAUGGACAACAACGCUUCACUGUAGUCGUCGAUCAAGCCGGCGAUAGCAAGCUGGCAUCGAAU